AUGGAUACCGUGCCUUCGAGUGCGGACAACACAGAUAGGGAAGAGAACUUCGAGGAUGCCAAUCACUCGCAGUUAGACUCGAAGCUCACCUCACCCACGGACUCGAGUCGACCUGCGCCCGAGUCUGAGCAGCCUUCCCAACGAAACAGCAACACCUCCUCAGCAGAUCAUGGCGCCAAUGGAUCGGUCGAGCAGAAAGGCGCGCCGAGAACAGACUCGAGGAAGCAAUCGGUGAAGUCCAUGACAGCCACUUUCGAGACCAAGGAAGAAUCGGCACCCGCACCACCACCAAAACCACAGGCGCGGCCCUCACGAUUCGGCAACUUCUCUGCAUCAUUACCUUCGGUACCAUGGGGCGGACCUGCCGCAAGACGGAAAUCCGACGCUCGAGCACCUUCACCACAGCCUCCUCCCAUCGUACAUGCACCAGCCAAUCCCAGACAAAAGUCCACGCCAUUUGGCUGGUUUUCAAGAGCUGCAACGGCAAAUGCGCCCAAAGAAAGUCGAUCGCCUUCCACUGGCGAUGCGCGCCGGAAUACUGCCGCCUCCAUCUCGACUCUGGGCAGCAACCCUGAGCUCACCAUGAAGGCUUUCGAGGAUAGCGAAGGCCGACCUCCUGCUAGACAGUCCUUGAAAGACAAGUUUAAGAUGCUCCGGCUCCAGGAGGAGCUGGCAGCUGGGCAAAACACGGAAGCUCCGAAAGAAGGCGAUCCUGCAGUCGGUCUAGGUAUCGAGACUCAGACAGCAGAACCAGCAGAAGAGGUCGUGGCCUCGCCCAUGUCCCCGACAACGCCCCUGCCGCCAGGAAGUGUGAACGCCACUCUUGCGCCCGGAACCGUUUCUGGCUUUUCUGCGUCCGCUACUGAUGCUGCACUGCCCAUUGAUUGGGACUUCUGGCAGACAGUUGUCAACGAAGGACCGCAGGCCGUGUCGCGAUCUAGUCCAGAGGAGCUGGCCGCUGCGAUUGCCAGUGGCGUGCCUCAGACAAUUCGUGGUGUCAUCUGGCAAGUCCUUUCUGGAAGCAAGAAUGACGACCUCGAAUCUGUCUACUUCUCGCUGAAGAUCAAAGGCACACCAGACGAGCCUCGCGAACUACCCACACCAGUGCUUGCGAACGGCGUCAAUGGUAUGUCGAAAGAGAAAGACUCCGUGGCAUCCUCGCGCUCGUCGAUAAGGUCUGAAAAGUCAACUCCGGCAACGAGCGCGAAUCUGCCUAUAGGAUCACCCUCACCUUCUCAAGAGAAGUCAGAUCCCAUCAAAGACACCAGACUACAGGUACAGCUGGCCACUGAAAGAGCGAAGAAGGCCAAAGAAGAUGCUGCAGCACUGGUCAAGCUCGAGAAAGUCAUCAAGCGAGACAUGGGUUCGAGAACGAGCUACUCAAAGUUCACCACAGCGGCUGGUCUGCAAGAUGCGUUGUUCAAUGUCUGCAGAGCAUAUGCGCUGUUCGACACCGACGUUGGUUACCCCCAAGGCAUGAACUUCAUCAUUAUGCCACUCCUGUUCACUAUGUCGGAGGAAGAAGCAUUUUGCUUGCUUGUACGAUUGAUGAACAAAUAUCAGCUUCGCGACUUGUUCAUACAUGAGAUGCCAGGACUGCAUUUGCAUCUCUACCAGUUUGAACGACUGCUAGAAGACCUAGAGCCAGCACUGUGCAGCCACCUGAACCGCAGGGGCGUGUCACCAAAGCUCUACGCCACCCAAUGGUUUCUAACACUUUUUGCAUACCGAUUCCCGCUGCAGCUGGUGAUGCGAGUGUACGACAUGCUGCUGUGCGAGGGCCUCGAGGGCGCCGUCCUCAAGUUCGGCAUGGCUGUGAUGCAACGUAAUGUCACCACGCUAUUAUCGAUGAACGACAUGCAGGCACUGACCACCUUCCUGAAAGAGAAGAUCUUCGAUGUUUACAUCGACUCCGCACCCAGUACAAAGUCCAUUAUGGAGUCUGGCUUCUUCGGCAACUCGUCUGGAGUCGACAACGAGAUCUACCGCGCAGACUUGAUCGUUCAAGAUGCUGCUGCGAUCAAGCUGACUCCGGAGAUGCUUGCUCGAUAUCGACAGGAGUGGGAGGAGAAGACCACAGCGGAAAAGGCACGCGAAACGGAGCUCGAAGAUUUACGCACAGACUCAGCUACAAAAGCGACUCAAAUUCGAUCUCUGGAAGGCCGUAUUCGCACGUUCGAGACGCGCGCCGAAGCCUCCGAUGCCGAUCACAUCGAAGUUGCUAAUGAGCUCAUCAAAUGGAAGGUCAAGUAUCAUGAGAUUGCGGAUCGCGAGGAAUCACUGAAUGUCCAGGUGGAAGAACUCCGAAAAGUGGCCGAGAGCGAGGCUCGAACCGUUGAGGAGCGACUCAAGGAGACAAUGGAUCAGGUGAUGCAGCGUAACGUCGAAGUCCAGAACGAAAAUCGCCAUAUGGAAGAGCAGAUGGCCGAAAUGGAGAAAGAGCUCGUGGAGAUGAAAAUGAAGUUUGCUGAGAAGAAGGAGAAAGACACAGACGCUGAUACGUUCUUCGUACAGCUCAACGCCGAACACGAGGGUCUCAAGCAGAAGUGGAACGAAAUACGCAAGGCAAUAGACUAG